AUGACAUACGAUCCCGCAAAUCACAUCGCACGCUAGUCGUCGUGUGAUUUUAGAACAACUGGCUCAUUCUCUUCCACUCCCUCCGCUACAACCAAGAACCAGAGAGAGAGAGAGAGAGAGAGAGAGCGAUCGAACGAUCGAGACCCAGAUCUCUUCUGUAAGAAUCACAUAAUCGAAACAGAGAAUUGUUGCAGAUCUAAUCAGAUUCAUUUCAGAUCUAUACUCGAAGAUGGCUUCAUUCAGCGGUGACGAAACUGCCCCCUUCUUCGGCUUCCUCGGCGCCGCAGCGGCCCUUGUCUUCUCCUGUAUGGGAGCGGCCUAUGGGACGGCGAAGAGCGGGGUGGGCGUGGCUUCGAUGGGGGUGAUGAGGCCGGAGCUUGUGAUGAAGUCUAUUGUGCCGGUGGUUAUGGCUGGUGUUUUGGGUAUUUACGGGCUCAUCAUUGCUGUUAUUAUCAGUACUGGGAUUAACCCUAAGGCCAAAUCGUAUUAUCUGUUUGAUGGGUACGCGCAUCUUUCGUCGGGUCUUGCUUGCGGUCUUGCUGGGCUCUCUGCCGGAAUGGCGAUUGGGAUCGUGGGUGAUGCGGGCGUCAGAGCUAAUGCACAGCAGCCUAAACUUUUCGUGGGGAUGAUCCUCAUUCUCAUUUUUGCUGAAGCCCUGGCCCUCUAUGGCCUCAUCGUUGGCAUUAUCUUGUCUUCUAGAGCUGGCCAAUCCAGAGCAGAGUAAGAAGGGGAGGGGCAGCGAAAGCUCCCAGAGCUCUUGUAUUGCUGACUGGCAUCUCUUGGUGAGGAAAAAAUUAAUUCUUCUGAGAUUAUAAUUAUUGGAUGGUGCUUUCUGGGUUCUCCAAAAUUCACAGUCGGGAAGGCAACCACCCUGCUGCAUUUGUUCUGUGGAUUGCGUUAUGCUCUGUUUGUAGAAGUAGGAUUGAGUUUCUUUUUGUGGAAUAAAAGCUUUGUGAAGCUUGCCCUUGUUUGGUUUUAUUAUUAGUGCUGUAAUUUGUAGUGCAUUAAAACUUCAAUCUGCUAUAGAAACUGUUAUUCUUGAACCAGCAAAUGGAUGGAUUCAUUUUUAUUAAA